AUGUUGGCCAAAUCAUUACUCUUAUGCAUGGCUUCUGCCUUAGCUGCUGCUUCUGAAGUUGCAGUCUACUGGGGUCAAAACUCCGCAGGUGGUCAAGAAAGAUUAUCUACUUACUGUGAUAGCACUAGUGUAGACAUUGUUCUUGUUUCCUUCAUUAAUGGAUUCCCAGACCUUGAAGUUAACUUUUCUAACCAAUGUGGUCUUACUUACCCAAGUGGCUUAUUGCACUGUCCUCAAAUUGGUGAAGACAUUAAAUACUGUCAAUCUAAGGGUAAGAAGGUUAUGAUUUCUAUGGGUGGUGCCAGUGGUACUUAUGGUUUCUCUUCUGAAGCUGAAGGCUCUGAAUUUGCCACUACUUUGUGGAAUAAGUUUGGUGGUGGUUCCGAUGCUGAAAGACCGUUCGAUGACGCUGUUGUUGAUGGUUUUGAUUUCGACAUUGAACAUGGUGCUGAAACUGGUUACGUUGCUUUAGCUAAGGGUUUGCAAUCUUACUUUGCUAGUGCUUCUAAGAAAUACUACCUUUCUGCUGCUCCUCAAUGUCCUUACCCUGAUGCCACUCUUAACCAAUUAUUGACUUCUGUCGCACUCGAUUACUCUUUCAUUCAAUUCUACAACAACUACUGUAGCUUGGGUCCAAACUUCAACUGGGCUUCUUGGGCUGAAUACGCUGCUACCGUUUCUCCUAACAAGGACAUCCAAUUAUUCCUUGGUUUGCCCGGUUCUGCUGCUUCUGCUGCUGGUUACACUCCUUCUGCUACCGUUGACCAAUACUUGUCUGAUAUUCAAUGUGGUCCUAACUUUGGUGGUUUUGCUAUCUGGGAUGCUUCUUCCGCUUGGUCCAACGUUGACUCAAACGGUGAUAACUACGCUGUCCAAUUAAAGAACUUGUUGAACGAAGCUGAUCCAUGUACUACUUCUGCUUCUUCUUCUUCAACUACUUCCACUAAAUCAUCCACUACUGCUGCUACAACAUCUGCUAUUACCGUCACCUCCGAUGUAUUGAGUUCAAGUGCAUUCUACGGUAAUGUUUCUUCCUCUGCUAUCCCAACAUCUUCUGAAG